CUAUAACAGGGAGCACACAAAAAACUUGGGUGGAUGUGUGCCGGGACUUCCUUGGCUUUCGACCUGUAACUCAAAACAACCAUAAGCAACUUGAUGGGCAGAGGAUUCUCAUCAACCGCCUUUUGGAGGAAGUUGCUAACCCAUUGCCGCCUGAUGCUGAAGAGGAUCAGCUGCAUAAGUACGCACGAUGCUACAUCCUAGCGCUAUUGGGGGACACAAUAUUCAUGGACAAAUCCGGCGAUAGGGUGCAUCUAAUGUGGGUGCAGCAGUUGGAAGACCUUCACAACCCACGGAGGUACAGUUGGGGAAGUGCUUGCCUUGCAUGGUUGUAUCGAGAGCUAUGCAGGGCAAGCGAGGACACCAGUCAGAUUGGUGGGUGCUUGCUGUUGCUCCAGUACUGGGCAUGGGCCAGGUUCCCCUAUUUGUGCCCGACAGUUGAGCGAGGCCCGCCAGUGGGUGCUUACGGUCCUCCAGUACGUGGUCCACUAUCCCUGAAGUGGUUGUGGGUCCCAAACAAGAAAAAUAGGCCCGCCCACAUUUUCAGGGACAGGUAUCGCGAGCAACUAGCUUCCAUGUUGCCAGACCAGGUGGUGUGGCAGCCAUAUGAAGCUCAUUUUGACGACCUCCCGCCGUGGUGUGUUGCAGGGAGGGCCGUAUGGACGGCAACGGUGCCGCUUGUAUGUUUCCACCUAGUAGAGAAACAUACACCGGAUCGUGUUGUUCGUCAAUUCGGGAUGAUCCAAGAAAUUCCCGAAGCUGUUAACACUGACAGAGUGCUUCAUGGCAUUGAUUUGAGGGGGAAGAUCGGUGUUAAUUGGAUGCAGAAACAUGCUGUGCAUAUCCUUGAGUGGGGUAAUCGCUUUUAUCGGCGUUGUGAAGCAGUGCUUGGUGAUAUGCCUCCAGAGCACGAGUACCACGACUGGUUCAAAAGGGUGACUCGGAGGUUCAUCGAUAGGCCUGGUGCUGUAGUGACUCUGCUGAUUGAAGGAUACGUCCGUUUGUUGAGGCGUCAUCCAGUGGGCACGAAGGACCACAAUGACAUUACUGAGGUACUGACGGCAGUGCAGGCGAUGGCACGUGUCCAACCUCCUAUCCCUGAGGCCCCGAUUGAGGAGCCAGCUAUGCCUACCGGCCCAAGCACGAGCACAGCUCCGGCCGGAUGUCAAUCCCGUCCGCCUGUUGCUACCCCUCAGCUUCUCCGUACCCCCGAUCCCUCUACAUCCACCCCACAUGCAUCCGCCAGCCCCACUAUCCCUUCAUCCACCCCACAUCCAUCCCCUACCGUCACCAUCCCUUCACCCAACCCACAUUCAGCUCCUACGCCCACCAUCCCUUCACCUAGCCCACAUCCAGCCCCUACGCCCACCAUCCCUUCACCCACCCCCCAUCCAUCUCCUUGCCCCACCAUCCCUCCACCCACCCCACUUCCUUGUUCUGGCUCUGACGUCUGUCCACCCACCCCACAGUCAUUUCUUCAGCUGUCACCCAUUCCAUCCUUUGACCUGGGCUGA